GGAAUUUUCUUGUGGAAGGAAUGAGAGACGAGAAGGAGCUCUCAGCAAGUGCCGAACCUUUGUUGGAAGGUAGUCAAAGCAUGCAAGCGGAUAUGAAUGGGAAAGAAAGAAAGCGUAGUGGUUCAAAGUUGCAAGCACUUUCAGAGUCUUCCAAGGCGGCUUGGCAAAGAGUUACAGAAUUUUAUUCGAGGGAUCCUACUGCUAGGAGUGCGUCCUUGAAAGAUGUAGAAGAAGGUUAUAGGACAAUUGAUCCUCUGAGCUCGAGGAGACUUGUCACUGCAUUAUCGGUUGUCGCACUCGCGUACUUUUUGUCACGAGCCUACGUAAGCUUUGAGCAAAUUGGGGUCUUAUUAAAACAUUUAAGGCUCAGGACUAUCGAACUGAUCGCUGCGGCAACUUUAUUUACUCUUCUACAAGUUGCUUAUGAGCUACACAGGAAACGUCCUGUAUAUUUGGUUGACUUUGCUACAUUUAAACCUCCUGAGAAGAAUCUUGUAACACACGAGUCUUUCCUGAAUCUAACUAGGUUAAUUGGUUUAUUUAAUGAGGAAGAUAUCCUUUUUCAGGAGAAGCUUUUGAAAUCUUCUGGUAUUGGAGACCACACUUAUUUUCCUGAUGGAAUUCUACAAGGUGGAGAGGAGAUCAAACGUAUUGGCCAACCAUCCAAAGUAUUGAAUAUGAAGGCAGCUCGACAAGAAGCUGAAGAAGUUAUUUUUGGCUGUCUGACUAGUUUGUUUGAGAAGACAGGAUUCUGUCCACAGGAUAUAGAUAUAUUGAUUGUGAAUUGUAGUCUUUUUAAUCCAACUCCUUCACUUUCAGCAAUGGUAGUGAAUCAUUUCAAGAUGAAGAGUUCUAUUUUAUCUUAUAACCUUUCCGGAAUGGGAUGUUCUGCGGGUUUGAUUGCAGUGGAUCUUGCAAAAGAUCUUUUGACUGCACAUGCAAAUUCUGUUGCAGUUAUCAUCUCUACAGAGAAUAUAACUCAGAACUGGUAUAUUGGUCAUGAGCGAUCCAUGUUGGUGACGAAUACGCUGUUUCGUAUGGGUGGUGCUGCAAUAUUAUUAAGUAAUCGUUCAAAGGACAGGAAGUUUUCGAAAUACCGUUUGAAUUAUACUGUUCGAACUCAUUUUGGUGCUGAUGAUAAUGCUUACACUAGUAUAUAUCAGGAAGAAGAUAGUGAAGGAGUAAGAGGAGUUCGUCUCUCCAAGUCUAUUAUGGAUAUUGCUGGUAAGGCUUUGAAACACAACAUUACGACAUUGGGUCCUCUUGUUUUGCCUAUUUCCGAACAUAUUCACUUUUUCUGGAAUUAUUUUUUGCGUAAAACAUCUCUAUACCGCAACUUGAAUCCCUAUGUUCCUGAUUUUCAUAAAGCAUUUCAACACUUUUGUAUUCAUACUGGUGGACGAGCUGUGAUUGACGCAUUGGAAAAAGUUUUAAAACUAAGUGAAGAAGAUGUGAAGCCAUCUAGAUUUGUUUUGUACCGUUUUGGAAAUACUUCGUCAGCAUCUGUCUGGUAUGAAUUAGAAUAUAUCGAACGUAGUGGAAGGAUGCGUAGAGGUCAUAGAAUCUGGCAAAUUGCCUUUGGCUCAGGUUUCAAGUGCAACUCGGUGGUUUGGCAAUCUUUAGUUUCGGUUCCUCCAAGUUCAACAGAAUACUAAUGAAAAUAAUAAAUUGCUGAUACUUUUCUUUCAAUUCUUUAUGUCGGAAUAUACGUGCGUGUAUGAUCAAAGAUAUUUAUGUAAAUAGUUGAAUCACUUGU